UGCAUCCUCUUACAUAAGCAGCAAUGGAGGCCAUUAAUUCAUCAAUAUUUGWUUCUUGAAGGAACCUUYAUCGUAAUCGAUGCACAGCUGAAGCGCAUYGCGGCYCAAGGUGACGUAGACGUUUAUAAUUACGUCAUGCACCUACGUACACAACGUAACCUCAUGGUCCAAGUAGAAGAUCAGUAUAUUCUGAUCCACGAUGUUCUCGUGGAAGCCAUAGCUUGUGGAAACACUGAAAUACAAGCUAGAGAUCUCAGGAAGAAGAUUCGAGCUUUGAUGAGACCAAAUGAGGAUACAGGGCAAACGUCCAUGGAAAARCAGUUCCAGCUUCUUUCACGAAACAAGGCACCACCGUCCAAGUUUCUAGCAGCUAACUUGCCCGUCAAUAAGAACAAGAACCGUUACGCAAACGUCCUGCCGUACGACGAUACGCGCGUACACCUUACGCCACAACCAGGCGCUGACGGGUCAGAUUAUAUUAACGCUAACUACAUCGACGGUUACAUGCAGAAAAGACUUUUUAUCGCUACACAGGCCCCCAUACCUGACACUAUACCAGACUUCUGGAGAAUGAUUUGGGAGCAAGAUUGUAGUACGAUUGUGAUGUUGUCGAAUGAAACUCAGAGCGGCAAGGUAAAAGUUCAUCGGUACUGGCCAGGAAAAGCUCCCACGACCAUCGCUAAUCUGGUGAUUGAAAUGACUAGCGAGAGAGCAUUCGAGGACUAUGURAUGAGAGAAUUUAAAGUCACCAAUACAGGCGUAAGUUAACUAGAUUCCUUUAAGGUCUUNUCACGGACGGUAAGACAGUACCACUAUACCGCAUGGCCCGACAUCGGUUCUCCCGACUCCAGUGCAGGUCUCACGGACCUAAUUGGACAAGUACAAAAAUGGCAACAGCGAUGUGGUGCUCCUUUGAUUACUGUUCACUGCAGUGCUGGUGUUGGUCGAACUGGUGUGUUUUGUGCCGUUUGUUCAUUGAUUGAAAGACUAAAAGCUGAAGCCCUCGUGGACGUCUUUACUACUGUCAAACUAUUACGAGAACAAAGACCAGCUAUGGUACAAACAAAGGACCAAUACGAGUUUUGUUACCAAACUCUCGGAGAAUACCUGGAUUCUUUUGACCCGUACAACAACUUUGACUGAACCCAUAGUUCAAACCUCAUUCUCACCACUAAUUUCCCUCCACAUUCGUCGCGACUCGCAACUUAAAGAGAUCAUCGUCUCAUCAAAGUCAAAGGCUUAGUAUUAAAUAGUUUAUAAAUUAAUGUAUAUUUUUGAUACAAAAUUAAUAACAAGAAUUAUAGUACAACCAAUAAAUAGUGUUUACCUUUUUUAACCAACGUUGAUCCCGGGAUAUGAUCGAUUAGGACAGACACUUGAACAUCAAGUGGGAAACCGCAUACCGAUAAAAACGCAGGCUAAUGGCGAUUUCCCAAAAUUCAUGUCGGCCUCCAAUCGAUUUUUUCCCGAUGAUCAACGCUGUAUUAAAACUGGUUAUAUAUUUGUACUCUUGCAUACGACCUGAGACGUGUCAAAUAUAGAUUACGUUCGGGAAAAAGCUUUAGAUGCACUCACGCAAUUAUUUUUGAGAAAGGGGUGAGCUAUGACGUCUUAUAAUAUAUAAGGGAGUUGAUUCUAUUGACAAACUAUAUAUAUUCCACUGAUUUGAAUUAUUUUAAAUGUGUUUUUUUUUUCUUUGUACAGAUUUUGAUACUUUUGAGUCGUAGGCCGCGUCCACGCUUAUACGAAUAAAUCAAAACUCAAAAUUGUUCUUGCGGAUACACAUUUCUACUAUACAUGCAUUUGGAAACAAUUAUGAAUGAAUUUUCAAUUUUUCGGGUACGGAUACGUAUUGAAGGAUGAAAUCCGCAAAAAAGAUCGUGAACAAAAAAAAUUCUGGAUGCGUUUUGAUUAGGGAAUCAACAGCUCGCUGCCUUUGUUUUGAAUAUUACAAGCCGGACGCUCUCAUAUUCUUUUUUAUAUCACCGAAAAACAGAUGUACGUCUGGUUGAUAUAGUGAUUUUCAGCGGAAACAGUUUAUUAGUCUAUAUAAGCUCAAUUUKAAUUAAAAAGAACGCUUCUUUGGCAUCCGACAACAGCCAGGUGAAAGUCACUAUGCCAUGAUCUAAGUAAGAGAGUUAUGUAGAUAGGAUAGGAUAUAUUUAAGAGCAAUUAAAUAACAACGGUAGAAUUAAAAGCAGAAAGAAACUGAUCCAACAACAACUGAUAGACACUUAGACACUUACAAUAGAAAGUUACACUUUGUUUCACGGUUAUAAUGUCUGUUCUACUAUUUCAGUGAUUUUCACGGUAUGCAUGGUACAGUAGUGGUUUAUAGUUUAUCCUAAACGAGCACAAACAAAUAUAUCAUGCACAUAUAAGCAGGACAUAAAAGCUAUAAAACAAAGAAAUAGAAUUUAUAUAAAGAUAUGUAAGACGUAUAUGAAUAAAAAUGAAUUUUGUUAA